AUGCCAGUGCAACUUGCCAUUGCAAUGUUCAUUCUGUAUGACAGCCUUGGUGCAGCAGUGAUCACAUCUGUAGUAGGAAUCGAGUGUGUUCUUGUGUUUGUUGUGCUGGGCACGAGACGGAACAACAGGUUCCAAUCUAAUGUGAUGAAGUGUCGGGAUUCAAGAAUGAAGGCAACAAAUGACACUAACUACAUGCGUAUGAUCAAAUUCCAGGCUUGGGAGGAGCACUUUAAUAAGAGAAUCCAGGCUUUCCGCAAGUCGGAGUUUAGCUGGCUGACCAAGUUCAUGUACUCAAUCUCUGCCAAUGUUGUGGUUAUGUUGUGUACCCCAGUACUUAUAUCAACUCUCACAUUUGGCACUGCACUCUUAUUGGGUGUCCGGCUUGAUGCCGGCCCAGGACAUUGUUCAGAACCACAAGCAUCUUCAACAUUUUGUGGGAUCCCAUCAGGACCUUCCCACAAUUUAUGA